AUGGACCCAUUGUCAGACCCUAACGCUGGUCCAGUGGGUCCUGGGUUCCUCCUGGUGCACGACAAUGCCCGGCCUCAUGUGGCAAGAAGAUAUAGAUUUCUAUCCAUCCGCACUAAUUCAACAGAGGAGCUCAUGAUGGACGCCGGGGAUGCUGGUCAACACUACCUGGGUGAUGCCAUCGAGAUGAACAGACAGCUCCAUGUCUCUGUGCAGAAGAAGCAGGAGGAGAUCACUGCCCUGAAGAAGAGGAAUGCUCAGCUGAUGGAGCUGGUCAAACAGGCCGAGUUUUACGCCGCUGUACUGGACGUAAGUCAGGCGACGCUCAGUGCUUCAGCUUUCACACCACACUCACACUCCUCGAGUCCGGAGCCAUCUGAACAGCCUUUCGGUGCAGCUCUGCAGCCGUCAUGGCUCGAGUCUCUUCUCGAUCACACACCGCCAGAGGAGGAAGACGAGCGCUCACACAGGAUCCUGUCUGAACACACCAACAGUGGAGUGAAGAGAAAUUUAUGGCCCGGUGAUGUCGGCAGCCCGGCAGGCAAAAAAUCCAGACCGGACCAAGAAUUUCUUGACCAAUCAGAACUUCAGAGUUCAGAGACGGUGCAGGUUUUCGGAUCUUUUCACAACUUCCGGGUUUCGAAGGCUGCACCCUGUGCGACCUCUGACCUUUCGAGAAAGGGGAAGUGUGCGUUUUUUAAGACGUCCAUCCGAGAACACGGCACGGUCCGGACCAGAGUUUUCCCUCAGGGCAAAACAUUCACGUCGCACACGCCUGACGGAGCCUCUAGGUUCCUCUGGAUUCCCGAACCGAUCUGAAACACUUCCUCUGUU